ACUUAGCAGUCUGCUCAUGAUCGUCUAAUAUAAUCCACUUGUUUUUCAGUUACUUGAAAGAAGACGACUACAACUUCAUCGGGUGAUGAAUAAGAAGUGCGUGGGUUCUCUAAAAGAAGAAGAUCUGAAGGGGAAGAGAGUCUUUUUGAGAGUUGAUUUGAACGUUCCGUUGAAUGACAAAAAUUACAAUGACAUCCCCGAUGACACCAAACUCCGAGCCGUUGUUCCAACCAUUGAGUAUUUGAUGCAACGGGGCUCUCGUGUUAUUCUUGCCUCUCAUCGUGGUAGUCCAAUCGGUAUCACACCAAAGUAUAGCUUGAAGCCACUUGCGCCAAAACUGUCAAAGCUAUUGGGAGUUGAGGUCAAGACAGCAAAUGAUUGUAUUGGUCAUCAAGUUGCUUAUAUGGUUCGAGAAAUACCAGAAGGAGGGGUCCUGCUACUGGAAAAUCUGAGAUUCCACACUGAAGAAAGGUUUCUUGAUGACGAGUUUGCAAAUAAGAUGGCGUCCCUUGCAGAUUUGUAUGUCAAUCAUGACUUUGGGUCUGCACACAGAUCAUCCCCUUCAAUACAAGGGGUUCCUGACCGCUUAAAACCAAAACCAACAGUUGCUGGAUUCCUUAUGAAAAGGGAACUUCGCUAUCUUACCGAAGUUGUAAAAAAUCCACUAAUGCCAUUUGCUGCAAUUGUUGGUGGUUCAAAACUUUCAACUAAAUUUGGCGUGAUAGAGAACCUUUUGGAGAAUUAUAAGGUUAACUUGUUACUCCUUGGUGGAGGUCUGAUAUUUACUUUCUAUAAGGCCCAAGGCUACUCUGUUGGAUCCUCACUUGUAGAGGACGUAAUGCUUGAUCCAGCAAAAUCACUUAUUGAAAAGGCAAAGGAAAAUGGUAUAUCUCUGAUUCUUCCUGGUGAUGUUGUGAUAGCAGACAAGUUUUCGGCCGGGGCUAAUAGCAAGGUUGUUCCAGUAUCUAAAAUUCCACAUAAUUGGAUGGGUUUAGAUAUUGGACCAGAUGCUAUCGCGUCUUUCAGCGCAGCCCUAGAUACCUCCAAAACUAUCAUUUGGUAUGGACCUAUGGGGGUGUUUGAGUAUGACAAAUUUGCUGCUGGAACGGAGUCUAUUGCAAAAAAAUUGGCAGAACUUGGUGGAAAUGGAGUAACAACAAUCAUAACAGGUGGCGAGUCUGUUGCUGCUGUUGAAAAGGUGGGGCUUGCGGACAAGAUGAGCCACGUUUCAAUGGGAGGGUUUGCCAGCAAGGAGCUUCUCGAGGGGAUACCGCUUUCCGGGGUGCUUGCACUUGAUGAUGAUGAUGCUUGAGCAGUAACUAUGCUCAUGAUCGUGCUCUUCUCUUUUUUAUUUUGAGAGAAGCAAGUUUUGUGUAUAAUGUAUUCUUCAGUGAACCUCAAACUUUGCAUAAUCAACUCUCGAUGUAUAUGGUAUGGUGUUCAUUUGGAAAAAAAGGUUAAAGAGAAGGUCUCAGAAGACUUAUUACCACAGCCAGGAAAACCUUUGAAACAACAUCUGCAAUUAAAGCUUAUUUAGCAUAUAUAUUAAAAGUAACUUGCAAACAACCAAAGAGGGGUUGACCAGGAACUGGUAUUGAAUGUUUUUCUAGCCUUGAAGAACCUCCUGUAUUUGAAUAUAAUAAU